GGUAUCCUCUUCCUUCAAAGGGGGGUGGGGGGGUAAUAUUUCAAACUGAACAGGAAGUGAGCCAACAGGUCCAUUUACUAGCAGAGAAAGAGAGAGAAAGCGAGAGAAAAGAGGGGGGGGCUUAGACUGCAGGCAGACUGCGGCAGCAGGGAGUGACGUGUGUGUGUAUGUGUGUGAGAGAGAAAGAGAGAGAGAGAGAGAGAGAGAGAGACAGAGUGGACGAGAGAGUGGAUGAGAGAGAGGGCAAGAGAGAGAUGACAGAACUGACAUGGAAAGCCCCCCUAGGGCUGUAGCCACUGUAGCAUAGCCUAGUUUAGCACUGAACCGGAGAAACCUCUACCAGUGUCUCUGAAUAUGGAUGAAGUGGGCAGAUGAAGUGUAGAGACACGCUAAUGAAUGAACUUCAAGUGGCCGGCGCAUUAGGCUCCGACUGGCGGUGCUCUUGAAGUCCCGUGGCGGAAGUGGUUAACAUCAGACAUCAGGAGAGAUGUGGCUGUGGGACGUGCUGCUGCUGCCGCUGGUGCCGUCCGCUAUUGGAGCUCCCUCUCACUGAGUCAGCGUGCACAGAGGAUGGAUGAGUCAGUGCAGCACUUGUUAAGGACCUGCAUGUGAGAUCAGUGACAGUCCCACCUGGACCCACACACACACAGAGACAGAGAGAGACGGAGAGAGACAGAGAGAGAGAGCUGCUGUUUCACUAUUUCUUGUGGCUAUCUGGGCCAUGGAUGCAAGUGUAAUCCAGGAAAAAACAUCCUACCCAGUGAGAGGAGAACCGUUGACCAUCUAACCUCAUUUGGGGUUCUCACUUUCUCUCGUGACAGCAGCUUUAGAAAGAGCAGCUGACCGCAGUCCACCAUGAGUGGAGGGGUCAACAUGAAGACCAUGCAGAGGGCCCAGGCUGGUUCUGGCAUCCCUCUCCCCCGUAGCAAGCUCUCCUCACCGAAGCCUGAACCCAAAAACCCGACUAGGGGCCUACCUCGGCCAACCACCCAAAUCCCUUCCAGCGCUCGUGCUGCCACCAGCUCCUCCAUCAGCGCCUCGCCCAGCAGCGGCAGCAGCAGCAGCAGCUCCUCCUCGAAGGAUCUCCUAAGGGACACGACCCUGAGGACCCAGCAUAUGCUGCUCAGAGGGGGUCUGCCUGCUCCCCGGGGCUCCUCCAAAGUGCAUGUCAAGCCUCAGGGAGUGCGCUCAGCUUUCAGUAGUCCCCAAGUGCGCCGGAAGGAGGCACCUCGCUCCAAAGACACCCUGGAAGUGUGCGGACGAGCAGACAACCUUCAGUUCUCAAACGACAACCAGAACUUCCUCUGCGGGAACCUGAGGCCCCAGCCCAGGAAGACAGACAAUAGCCCCAACCUGAACUCCUGUGACCUCCCUCGCGUCCUUGACGAAGGCGACAGCUCGACAUCAAAUGCCAGCGACAUGACUUUUCCAUCCUACAAAUCGAGCAACAACAACCUCCGGCACGCUCCGGAUGCUUCCGCCACUGCCGCAGAGUGCUCAGCCUCCCCUGAGAUGGCGGAAAGUUCUGGAUCGAAGAAGAAGAGAAUGCGUCUGAGGCAGAGUGCCUCCAGCAGCUUCUCGGAUGAGGAGAUGUACACUCCAGAGGACCUGAGUCCCUCCGCCACGGGCCCUGAGACCCUGGCCCCUUGGAGCCCGGCUGCCCCUCCCCAGGAGGAUCCCCGCAGUGUGGACCUCUUGAGAGGAAAGCAGACUGCUAGAGUGAACAUGGCCACUGUGCCUCCAUUCAGGUACAGACUGCAGAUUCAGGGGGACAUCUCAUCACUGGAUGAGUUCAGUGACUCCUCAGACUCCAUUGAGGUUUGCUGUGAGGACCUGUCAACCGGAAGAAUGCCUGGGGGUAGCCCCACAAGCAGAGUAGAGCCGGACAGUGACCACAGUGGGGCCGCCCAAGCCCAGACUGCACACAGCCAAGGGGAAGCUAAGGGACCGGGCAGCAUGGCGGCCAGGAGGGGCAAAUCGGGGCUGCCCCAGAGCGCCUCCAGGUCGGAGCUGAGGGUGUACAAGGCGGGCGGCACAGAGGGGCGGCUGCCGGUGCCCACCAACCUGCGCAAGCAGAAGUCGCUCACCAACCUGUGCGUGCUCACGGACGCCGAGAAGAAGAUGCACCUCUACCAGCCCAAAUGGUCGGACGACAUGGCCAAACCGGGCCAAGGGUACGUCAAGACGGGGAAGCCCAAAGACGGAGGAGGGGGUGCAGGACGGGGAGGAGGAGGAGGAGGAGGAGGGCAUGCGCCUCUCUCCAGGAACCUCUCGAAGUCUGAGCAUUCCCUCUGUCCGGGCAAGUCUAAAUCCUUCAGUCAGCUGGUGCCCCCUUCUAACUUAACCAAACCUAGCCGCCUACCUCGCGGGCCCUACGCUGAGGUCAAACCCAUCAGCAAAGCGCAGGAGGCGGCCAAGGACAGCAAGUCGGACGACGAGAUACUGACCAGCAAGGCUAAAGUGAAUGGUGGGAAAGGGGCAACCAGCCCUUCCGGGGCUGCCACCAAUGGAGGUGGGAAGGGGCAAGAGGGUGACAAGUCCUUCGUGAAGGUGGACCCCGAGCUGGUGGUGACCGUACUGGGGGACCUGGAACAGCUGCUGUUCAGCCAGAUGUUGGACCCAGAGUCACAGAGGAAGCGGACUGUUCAGAACGUCCUUGAUCUCCGACAGAACCUGGAAGAUACCAUGUCCAGUCUGCGGGGGGCUCAGCUCAGUCACAGUUGCUUAGAGAGCAGCGUGUGCUACGACAGCGACGAGACCAACGCGCGGAGCAUCUCCAGCCUGUCCAACCGCUCGUCCCCGCUGUCCUGGCGACAGGGCCAGUCCAGCCCCCGGCUGCAGGCGGGCGACGCGCCGUCCUCCACGGGCAGCCCCGCCGCCCACACCAAACCCCUCCGCGUCUCCAGCCGCUUCAGCCAGAUCCACCACAUCCAGCUCAUCGAGGGCGUCGACGACGAACUGGGUGACCUCAAGUCUGAUUACCUGGGCGAGAGUAACCUUAAGGGGAAGAGCCUGAAUGGAGAUGAAGAGGAUGAUGAUGAUGUGGAUGUGGAAGUCGAUGACGACGACCUGGCCAAUGGCUGGGAUGAGAGCAGCUCCAUCAGCAGUGGCUUGAGUGAUGGCUCAGACAAUCUCAGCUCCGAGGAGUUCAACGCUGGCUCCUCGCUCAACUCUUUGCCCACCACGCCCAUUGGCUCCCGCCGAAACUCCGCUAUCGUGCUGCGCACGGAUGCGGAGAAGCGCUCCCUGGUGGAGAGUGGCCUGUCCUGGUACGGCGAGGAGGCCAAGGCCCUGCGGAGGAGCGAGGGCGGCUACGACACGGGCAGCCUCAAGACGGAGACCUCCACCAAGUGGAAGAAGAGCCGCACGCUGGACGGUGGCGGGGGUGGGGGCGGAGGCGGAGGCGGGAGCACCGGGGUCAAGGGCGAGCUGAGGAAGCCGCAGACGCUCAGCCAGCACGGCGGAGGGGGCCUGAAGAAGGGCCGCAACCCUCCCGUGGGGGUCACCUCGCCCAUCACACACACCUCUCAGAGCAUGCUCAAAGUGGCAGCUUCAAAAAUCGAGGAGAAAGCAGUGGAUAAGGCAAAGUUGGCCGUGAAGAACUCAGGACUUCAGCGGUCAUGCUCUGAUGCGGGGAAAGAGAGAGGGGAAAACCGCAAGCCCCCAUCCGGCCUUGUGCGGCCCUCCGCAGGGAGCUCCUUUGGCUACAAGAAGCCCAUCCCGACGACAGGCACGGCCACGGUGAUGACCGCAGGAGGCACUGCCAUCUCUGGCGGCUCAGCUACCGUUGGCAAAAUACCCAAGUCCUCGGGCAUCCCUGGCAUCAAACCUGCCGUGGGAGGGGGAAGAAAGACCAGCCUCGACGUGUCAAACUCGGAGCAAGGCUUCCUGUCCCCCAAUGCGCGCAGCAACAUCCAGUACCGCAGCCUGCCGCGACCUGCCAAGUCCAGCGCGCUGUCGCUUGUGGGGGCUCGUCCGGGAGGGCGGCCAGUCAGCAGCACUAUAGACAUAGGCACUCUCAGUGUGAAAACCUCCUCCAUCCCCCCACCGUCCAGACUCAAAGAGCCGGGCAGUGGGAAGAGCGCGGGCCGAGCCAGCCUCGGCGGAAAUAUUCCGGUCAACCAGACGGACCGGGAGAAGGAGAAGGCCAGAGCCAAGGCGGUGGUGUCCGACUCAGAGUGUGGCGAAGGGUCGGUGAAGUCCACAAGUUCCACAUGCUCCUCCCAGUCUACCGUGGACGUUCCCAGCUCCAAACUGCAGGGUCUCAGACAUCCGUCGAUCGGGAAAUUCUCAGACCACUCCUCACCUACACCUCAUAGACUAUCCAGCAAUAAAUCUAUGAGCAAACCUGUCCAGCUAGACAAUCUCAGUACCAGCAGCGCGGACUCCGGGGUCGGGAGCAUUCAGGAUAAGCUCCCGCCCCGAGUGCCUCCGUACUCCAAGCUGCAGGACCUGGCGGGACUGGUCUCCACGACGCCAAGCCUGACCCCGAGCCCUGCCCCGCUGCUCAACGUGAACACGUCCGACUGCUUCUCCAACACGUCCAUGAGUCGCAGCAGCUCCGGCUCGCCCCUGCUCUACCCCAGGCUCUCUGGCCUGCACCGCAGCAUGGAGUCACUGCCCCUCCAGAUGAGCGUCUCGCCGGCUGGGGACAGCGGCUCAGACACAGGGUCCAGGCACGAGGACAGAGCCUCGCUGGGUGGUUGGAGCACCGGCAGCAGAUCAUCUCUGUCCAUAACUGACAGUGCACAAAGGGAUAGAAAUACUCUCCCAAAGAAAGGAUUAAGUCAGUACAUCAGUUCCAAGCCCGAGGAUGACAGCAAGGACAGGCGUCACUCUCACACCAUCAUGAGUCUCACAGAGUCCCAAAGCCCCCCCCAGCUCCCCUCCCCUAUCUCCCUGCCCCUCUCCUCCUGUGGAAAGGGUCCUCUCACCAAUGUGGUGGCCCCCAGCCCAGGGAGUGGCACCCCGAGGAUGACCCGGUCCAACAGCAUCCCCGCCCACGACGCCGGGUUUGAGCUGUACACGGCCUCCCCGCUGGGAAGCACACUGUCCCUGGUAGAGCGGCCCAAGAGUAUGAUCCGCUCGGGCUCCUUCAGGGACCGAGAUCCUGGGGAUGAUGUUCAUGGAUCCAUGCUCUCUUUGGCAUCCAGUGUGUCUUCCAACUACUCCUCGGCUGAGGAGAGGAUACAGGGCGAGCAAAUCCGUAAACUACGGAGGGAGCUGGAAAAUUCCCAGGAAAAGGUCGCCAAUUUAACUAAUCAGCUGUCUGCAAAUGCCAAUCUGGUAGCAGCAUUUGAGCAGAGUCUGGCUCUGAUGACUACAAGGCUGCAAUCCCUGUCUGUGACUGCCGACCAGAAGGAUACGGAGUUACAAGACAUGCGUUACGCCAUUGAGGGUCUGCAGACCAAGAACCAAGAGGCCCAGGAAGUCAUACAUGUAGCCCUCAACAGCCAUGAUGGCACUCCACAAGAGCUGGGGAUGAGGAGGCAGAACUCCUGCGAGAGCAUCUCCAGUCUCAACAGCAACACCAGCCACUCCAGCAUAGGCAGCCUCAAAGAGCAGGAGGCAAAGAAAAAGAAAAAGAAGAGCUGGCUGAGGAGCUCCUUCAACAAGGCUUUCAGCAUCAAGAAAGGCUCCAAAACGGGCUCGUUCUACUCGGACAUCGAGGAGAUCGCCACUCCUGACUCCUCUGCCCCCAAUUCCCCCAAACUGGUCCACGAGGGGGGAGAGGACCUGGACCAGCCCCCCGAACAGCCCCAGUCGGCCACCUCCUCCAUAAUCUUUGAAACGAGCGAGGAGAAUGAAAAUGAUGAGAAAGCGGUGUCCGACCUUCGCUCGGAGCUUUGGCAGAAGGAGAUGAAGCUGACGGAUAUCCGCUUGGAGGCCCUGAGUUCUGCACACCAGCUCGAGCAGCUGCGAGAGGCCAUGAAUAACAUGCAGUCGACCGUGGAGAACCUGAAAGCUGAGAACGAUCAGCUGAAGACCGGGACCCCCAUCACUGGCCCGUCCAUGUCCACGUCACAGCCCUCAGGCCUGUCAUCGCUACUGGGCUCGUCACCCCAGAGGUCCAUGAACAUGUCCCUCACCAAGUCCUUCAGUCUCAGCCUUAAUGAGUGCAGCGAUCCAGAGAUCACGCCCCUAGACAUGUUGAGCCUGUCGACUCAGAGGGAUGACAUCUCUGUGCGUGUGGUGGUCCGCAUGGACCAGACACCCUCAAAAGAGCAGGAAAAGCAGCAGAACUUUUACAUCGGCUCUGUGAGAAUCAGUGCUAAAACAGACUGGCAGAAGCUGGAUAAAUUCAUCAUGUUGGCUUUUAAGGACUACAUCAGCAAGGUGGAUCCUGCGGCCAGCAUGGGCCUGUCCACCGACUCCAUCCACAGUUAUGACAUCAAUCAAAACAAGAGGGUGCUAGGGGCCGAGCCUCCAGAGAGUGCACCAGCUAGCUGCUUGGGCAAGGGCCCCUGCUGCAUCAACGUGUCCCUGAAAGGCCUGAGGGAGAAGUGUGUGGACAGCCUGGUGUUUGAGACGCUCGUCCCCCGGCCCAUGCUGCAGCACUACAUCAGCCUGCUGCUCAAGCACCGACGCCUCAUCUUCUGUGGCCCCAGCGGCACGGGCAAGACCUACCUCACCACACGCCUGGCCGACUACCUGCUGGAGCGCAGCGGGCAGGAGGCCACCGCCGGCGCCACAGUCACCUUCAACAUGCACGACCACUCCUGCAAGGAUCUUCAGUUAUAUCUGUCCAACUUGGCCAAUCAGAUCGACCGAGAGACCAGCACUGGAGAUAUUCCACUGGUGAUUAUGCUGGAUGAUAUUAGUGAUGCCUCAGCCAUCAGUGAGCUUGUCAACAGUGCCCUUACAUGCAAAUAUCACAAAUGCCCAUAUAUCAUCGGAACAACAAAUCAGUGUGUGAAGAUGGCAUCCAAUCAUGGCCUACACCUUAGCUUUAGGAUGGUCACGUUUUCCAACAACGUUGAGCCAGCGAAUGGAUUCUUAGUGCGCUACUUACACAGGAAGCUAAUUGAGUCUGAGAAUGAAAGCACUUUGAAAAGUGAGGAGCUCUCACGGGUGCUGGACUGGGUACCCAAACUCUGGUAUCACCUGCACACUUUCCUGGAGAAGCACAGCACUUCGGAUUUCCUCAUAGGUCCUUGCUUCUUCCUCUCCUGUCCGGUCACAGUAGAGGAAUUCCGACCGUGGUUCAUCGACCUAUGGAACCAGUCUAUCAUCCCAUAUUUGCAAGAGGGUGCCAAGGAUGGCCAAAAGAUACACAGGCAAAGGCCAGCGUGGGAAGACCCAGUGGAAUGGGUAAGGGACACGCUACCGUGGCCCUCAGCCCAGCAGGACCAGGCCAAGCUCUUCCACCUGCCUCCCCCCACCGUGGACUCCAGCAGCUCCGGGCAGCUCUGCGAGGAGAGGGUGGCUAAGGAGACCCAGAUACCCAGCUCACUGGAGUCCGAUCCACUGAUGGCUAUGCUGCUAAAACUUCAAGAGUCUGCCAAUUUUGUCGAGUCACCUGAAGGAGACCUCUCGGGGGAGCCCAACUUCCAGGCCACGCUAUGAUCUUCACAUCACCAUAGAGACCAUCCACUCACCAUAAAGACUGACCGCUCACUAAAUGGCUUGUGCUGUUAUCCAUUCCCUCCCAUAGUUGGUUCACAGCCCCCAUUCCUUCCCCUAGUGCUGAGCCCAGUUAUGAGUGGAACAUUUUUGGAUGUCUUUUUUUCCUGAACAGCUGAUGGAGCGUGUCUGUGUUGGUUUGCCUCCCAGUGUCAGGGAGUGGACUGUUACUUUUGACACCAAAUGUAUGAGAGUGGACUGUUGCACCAUCUGCUCCCCCCCCCCCCCCCUUCCUUCCUUGUUCAAAUGUAUAAGUGUGUGGCAAUCACCAAAGUCCCUCUUGGGGAUUAUCCAGACACUGCUUUGGAGCCAGUAGGCGCUCCCUCCUAAAACCAACUGCUGACUGGAUGUCUGACAGUUGUCGUUCAGUGCGCGUCACCACCCCCGACUGCUAGUUAUUUAUAAUUUACAACUUAUCACUAGUCAGCUUGUGAUCUUUCCCUGUAUACUUCUUUCCCCCAUUGUUUACAUUGAUCUUGCGGCACCUUACUAUUUCCUUUGAAAUAUUUUCCCCAUACAAUUAUGCUAAUUAUCAGUUUCUGAUGUAAGCACAUGAAAUUGAAGACUAGUACAAAAAGAGACCAUACAAGAGCUUGAGUACCGAGGGGCAAACGUACCCUGAAACCCUCAAAACAUGAUAAAUAAUCACAAGUCAAGUUAGAGCACUGCUCCAGGUGCCUGCCGAACAAAUUCAAUAUCCUGCUUCUUCGCCAUCUAUUGUUCCAGGCUUCAUAAGCUUCCACCACAUCUAGUUUCUUUCCCAUUUUCAGAACUUGACAAUUGAAAGCAAUUGGCACACUGUCUGGUGUAUGUGGUGUACAAACAAACAUAUAGGUGAUUAAGGCUGUUAAUAGUUUUAGUGAACAGUUAGCUGGGUUUUCAAUCCCAAACUGGAAUACAGUUAAUGUCCACUGCAUAAUAAUCAAGUUGUUUGGGACCAAGCCACACUUAUGCAACUUAUUCAAUAUAUUGUAUGGUGCUCAGACAACCGCCUUAUAUGUUUCUCAGUCAUAAUUUAUGAUGUCACUAAUAUACAAAAUCAUGCCUAUUCCUCAUUACAAAUGAAUGGUCAUUUGUACCAUACACAGGUUGCAGGUUAACACCUCGGAAGGGUGUUUCACACCGAUGUGAAACACUGAGUUUUACAAUUACUGUUGUACUAGCUAGUACUGUAAAUAACACACAAUAUUCUUAAGUGAAAACAUACAGUGUUCAUUUGGAUUUCUUAUUGUCAGUCUGUUUGAGCAGCGCAGGUUGAGGAAAGCAGCUUGGAUCCUAAAAGUGCGGUUAACUCACAGCAGUUUUAGCUGUGUUGACUACUUGCCUUCAUGUAGCUCGCUACCGUCGCUCGCGUAAUGCUAAUCUCCCAGAGGAAGAUGCUCAUCAUUCCUGCGUGGUGCCAUGGCAUGUCAACAUUCUUAACAUGCUUUUUUGCUAUUCUAUUCCACCAAAUACACUCAAUGGAAGUGAGAUGUUUUUAACAUGAGUUUGUGUCGUUCAGCGUUCUUUACAUUUCUGCAGCGUAGGGAAUACCUUACGGGGGGGAAAAAGAACGGACACCGUACAAAUAUGUAUAAAUCCAUCAAAUUAAGAAAUUUCAAAAUGUGUCCCAGAAACAGUAUGACAGGUAUGGCCUUGUUAGCAUAUUGAUACUAUCCUGAGUCUCAGAGCAUGAUUGUAGAAAGCAUGACGUCAGAGCAUUUACCAUUUGAUGAUAUAAAAAAGAUUGCAGUCCUACUCCUGAAAUGAAUCAAACUAAACCUAAGACAUGAAAAGCGAGACAAGCCAUGUUUGAUUCUACUAAUGGAGGGGAUAGUCUAUACGGCAGUGGCUUUCGGUCUCGUCAUUUUCAAAUAUUCUAAGCUUUCUGUAGUGAAUUAUCAGCCUGGCUACACUUGAUUGGUUGACUAAAAAACAGAUUGGUGAUUUAGUAUGGUGCUUCUAAUGGUGAUUAUAUGGUAGUAGUGCACUACUAUAGACAUACCCCUAUAGAUUACCCUGUGAGGAUGUUGAAACAAAGUGCUUAAAUCGGAAUUGGUUUUGUCUUAAAUAGUGUGCCUUCAAGUGAAUGCACUGAUAGUUCGCUAUAAUUAUCAUCGCAAGUGUUGCAUGCUUAGAUAUAUGACCUUGUCAGCCAAAUAUGCCAUUUACUGUAAGCCAACAAGCCUAUCAUAACAGAUAAUGCUUGCAGAUUAUGUGAUAUUAUUCUCAGAUGACCCUGCAUAGGACCUUUUCUAUGUCAUUUUAUAAGAUGAUUUUAUAAAAAAAAAUCCAUACCAACCAGUCAUCUGUAAGUAUAGCAGACUUAAGGCAAAUACAAACAUACCUAGUACAUAAGGAUUCACUGUAAAUGUAACAUUUGUCCAAACAUGUGUUAAUUCCAUUCACAUUAGUGUUAACAAUAACAAAACUACCCAGGAGCUCAAUAAACUGCCACUAAUGUUAUGUAUGUCCUGUAACCAUCCUUAAUUUCACAAUCAAAUUGUGCAGAUUUAUUUUAAUUUUCCCUGGGUUGCUCUCUUACUUUUUCUCAAUUGAAGUGGUAUUUUAAAAUGGCGUAAAAUCAUGUUUGCCUGUUUACAACAGUAGUUAAUUGAACAGUAGGUUAAUUGAAAAACACUUCAGGCAUCUUUGCAAGGCUGUGGUUGAAGGGGAGUUUUCACCUGUACAACAUGUGCCUAAAUGUGGUGAUAGCAUUCAGGUGAUUACGAUGAUUUAAAACAAAUUAACUCCUGUGUGGUAGAUGACUGGAAAGGUGUUGAAAACAUGCAAGGUAUUCUCUUUCUUCCAAUACUAUGACCCCACCCCCAAGUUUGAACAUUGCUGCUUUUUGUGUAUCUUCCCCUGUGUGUUUAAAUGUUUUUCUAGGGAUGUUGAAGGGUUGGACUGUUCAGCAACGUCUAUUGGCUUUGAGCACUACAGUGACCUGAGUCCUUUCAUCAAAUUCCAAGAGAUUUGAUAUUCUCUGAGCCAUUUGGUCCCAUGGUUUUAAACUCGAGGAUGUACUGUUAUGUUAUUACUAUUUAUUUAUUUGCUUUAUGACACUGAAAAAAAAAACUGUUAACAGAUGUUUUGCUUUAAAAGCUGCAGUAUCUGAAUUACCUUCCUAUAUGGUACUUAUGAGUCCCCCAUUGAUCACCUACAGGGUGGAUAGAGACAAGGCUAUUGAGAACUAUGGCAUAUAUCUAAAGAUAUAAGUAAGACACUCGUUGCCAAAGCCAACAGAGGUUGCGGAAGCAUGUUAUGGAGGUUUUAAAAACUGCGGAUGUGACAACACUGAAAUGAUGUGGCUAACAUGUAAAACAAGCAAUGGUGAAGCUGCCAUGUAAGCUGCCACAAGUGUUGGGGAUGCACGUCAGUUUGGUUGGUUUGCCUAAAUUGCAUUAUAAGACCUUUGUAUCCCUCUGGGGAAGUUCAAAUAAUCUUUUUUUCCUUCUUAUUUUUUUAAAAAGGAACUUCUUUUCUUAUGAAAUUGUUUGUAAAACUUUCUACUUUGUACAGAACACUUCAGAUGUAAACAGUGUACAUAGUUGCCUCAUUCGCGACAACAAUCACAUUCAAGUAGAUGUUAAAGGAGAAAAAAAAUCUAGCUCGGGAUUGUUAUAUGAGGGACAAAGAUUGAUUCGUUUUUUUAUGUCCGCGCUAAAGGCCCUAAAUCCAAAAGGGGCACUUAAUAGGCAUGUUUUAGAAGUGGAAAGUUCCAUCCAUUUAACAUAUGUUCAGUUCUCUCAAUAAAAUCAUGCCAUUCUUUA